AUGGCCCCAGCGCUUGCCCAACUUGGGGGCCGCCUUUUCCAGAAGAGCGGCUCCAGCCUGCUAGCCCGCUCCAUCGCCACCGGGGCCCCACCAGCGCAGGAGAAGAAGCCGGAGAAGACGAGCUUCGGCAACUUGAAGGAUUCGGAUCGCAUCUUCACCAACCUCUAUGGCCGCCACGACUAUCGAAUCAAGGGAGCGAUGGCUCGAGGUGACUGGUACAAGACGAAGGAGAUUAUGCUGAAGGGCUCUGAAUGGAUCCUCAAGGAGCUUUCCACCUCUGGCCUGCGCGGACGUGGAGGCGCCGGUUUCCCGUCGGGGAUGAAAUGGGGUUUCAUGAACAAGCCGUUCGAUGGAAGACCGAAAUAUCUGGUCGUCAAUGCUGACGAGGGCGAGCCUGGCACCUGCAAGGAUCGCGAGAUUAUGCGCCACGACCCGCACAAGCUCAUCGAGGGUUGCCUCAUCGGUGGAGUGGCCAUGGGAGCCCGUGCUGCCUACAUCUACAUCCGCGGCGAGUUCUACAACGAAGCCGCCAUCCUGCAAGAGGCCAUCCACGAAGCAUACCAGGCCGGAUACCUUGGCAAGGACUGCCUGGGCACCGGAUACAGCUUUGACGUCUUUGUGCAUCGCGGUGCCGGCGCGUACAUCUGUGGAGAGGAAACGGCCCUGAUCGAGUCGCUGGAGGGCAAACAAGGAAAGCCCCGUCUGAAGCCGCCGUUCCCCGCUGAUAUUGGACUUUUCGGAUGCCCGACAACGGUAACUAACGUCGAAACCGUCGCCGUCGCGCCGACGAUUUGCCGACGUGGUGGCAAUUGGUUUGCGUCGUUCGGGCGCGAACGAAAUCGUGGAACUAAACUUUUCUGCAUCUCGGGCCACGUCAACAACCCGUGCACCGUGGAGGAGGAAAUGAGCGUGCCGCUUAAAGACCUGAUCGAACGACAUUGUGGCGGCGUCAUUGGCGGCUGGGAUAACCUACUGGCCAUCAUCCCCGGCGGGUCUUCCGUACCACUUUUGCCAAGGAGCAUCUGCGACACCGUCCUCAUGGACUUCGAUGCUCUCGUUGCUGUGCAAUCCGGUCUCGGCACUGCUGCCGUCAUCGUGAUGAACAAACAGGCCGAUGUCGUCAAAUGCAUCGCCCGGCUGUCCCUCUUCUACAAGCACGAAAGCUGCGGACAAUGCACCCCGUGCCGUGAGGGUUGCUCGUGGUUGAACAAGAUGAUGUGGCGUUUCGUUGACGGCAAGGCCAAGCCCUCCGAGAUCGACAUGAUUUGGGAGCUGUCGAAACAGAUCGAAGGCCACACGAUUUGCGCUCUUGGUGACGCUGCAGCCUGGCCGGUUCAGGGUCUGAUCCGUCACUUCCGCCCCGAGCUGGAGCGUCGCAUGAAGGACUACCACGAGCAGUUCAUGGCCGAGAAGGGGUUCAAGCCGGAGGACAGCAAGAUCCUCUCCGGAAAUUAC